AAACUUCGCUGCUUCCCUGAGCAGAGCGUGGCCAGCUGCGCUGGGAGUGUUGGGAGGACUCGGUGGGACUGGCUCAGCAGGUGGUGGCUGCUUCUACCACUGAGUUUGUCAGGAGGGGAGGCAGGAGAGGUGCCCUGGCCUCAGAGUGGGCUCGGUGUCCCUCAGUGCAGCCGCAGAGACAGCCACCCAGCGGGCCUCGUGCAGAGCCUGGGCCCUCUGUCUGAGUGCACGGCGGCUCACACGGUGUUUGCGGCAGGACCACGUCCGUGUCUGCCCGAGAGACAUGGUGGCUGCCCACCCGAGGUCCCACCACGGUUGCUCACCCCCAUAUCCUCUGCCCACUGUGCCUUCGGCCCUCGGCUGGUGUAUCUGCCCCAGAGACCCUGGGUGGGUGGGGGGCUUUGCUUAGAGUCCAGCCUCCUCCCACCUUGCUGCCCUCACACCUGCCCUCUGGCCUUGCAGGCAUGGCUGCCACACAGUCAUCGCCAGCAGAAGUCUCCCGAGAGUGUCGACGGCUGCUGGAAAGCUGGCUGCUGCCACUGGCCAGACGUGUCUUCUGUUAUCGCUGGACGUCCGAGUGCCCGCGACAAUCGUGGCAGCCGUGGAGCAGGCCCUGUAGGGGUUGGGAAAGGUGCAGCUGGGAACUUCCUGUGCCUCGCCAGCGCCUUGUCCCCCAACGCCUUCAAGGCCGUGCUGGACACCGACACCUUGGGCACCUUCAACAUGUGCUGCGUGCUCUACGAGAAGUUCUUCCGGGACCAUGGCGGGGUGAUUGUGAACAUCACCGCGACCCUUGGUACCCGGGGGCAGGUGCUCCAAGUGCAUGCAGGCUCUGCCAAGGCGACCGUGGAUGCCAUGAUGCGGCACCUGGCUGUGGAGUGGGCCCCCCAGAACAUCCGUGUCAACAGCCUCGCCCUGGGCCCCAUCAGUGGCACAGAGGGUUUCCGGCGGCUGGGCGGCCUGAAUGCUGGCUUGCAUGCAGAGACCUUGGCUGGCCCCCAGCAGAGGCUGGGCAACAAGACAGAGGUGGCCCACAGCGCCCUCUUCCUGGCCAGCCCCUUGGCAUCCUAUGUGACAGGAACUGUGCUGGUGGUUGAUGGCGGGACCUGGAUGACAUUCCCUAACGACGUCAAGAUAGAUGCUGGCGGCCUUCAGAUCGGUCUCUGCGAAGCUCUAGCUGGUUUACAAAGAAUGGCUUUAUUUCCAAAUUUUGGAGUAUCUGGGGGGCACCCAUCACAUCCAGACCUGAGAGCAUCUCGACCACACGAUACCCGCCUGGCAUCUGCUGGAGGAGAAAGAAGGAAUGUUGGCCAGGAAGAAGUGGAAUUAACCGCCAGCUCCUUCGCCCCCGGACGUAAUCUGGACACUUUUACCCAGAGGGAGGUGAUGUGACAGCUUCACCUCGGGAACCUGUGACCUGCGAGGUUCCUUUCAGAAAGGAAGUUCCGAAUCCGCUCAGGAACCCCCCCUUGCCUGGUCCUCAGCACCCGGCCCGGGUGCAAGCCGUGGAUGUGGCUGCUGGGGAGGCGUGGUGGGGGCGGCCCGUGGGCUCCAUGGCGACUGGAACUGGAGAUGCCUUUGCUACCAGGAGGGAGCAGGUGCAGCCACUGCAGAAGGAAGAGUUAAAAUAAGAAAAUCAUGCGAACCCAGCUGAGUCAGGAGGCAUUAAAUUGUGCCUUACAAGUG